GUCAAUGACUGCCUUAAACGUAACUCUCAAGCUCAACCUGGUUGUGCGAAAUGCUUUUUAGCCUCCAGUUCCUGCCGAGGAACAAACUGUAAUUCUCGACAACAAACAGUGGAAAAUCACCUCUUAAGCCAAAAUCAAAUCUACGUUUUGGCGUUUACGCACCCAACGGAAUGAGCCCUCGACUUGUGGAUCUGCCCGACGAUAUCCUCUUUCUGGUUUUCGCCAAUUUGGAAAGCGCUCGGGAACUAUGGGCUCUUGCACUUUCCUGUCACCAACUUCGGCACCUCGUCAGUAACGAUGGGUGGCGUAUUUUUGUUAGGAACAGGUUCCCGACUCUUAAUGUCCCAGCCCCGGCUACGGGAAGUCGCACAUGGCAGCAACUGGCCGAAUCGAUGACCUGGCAAAGCCGAUGCUGGGAUAAGCGGGCCCUUCAGUUCCAGGUUCUGCUUCCCCGUCGCCCCGACCCCAUUAAUGGCAGGCAGGGGUGGCGGCAAAGAGCCCCCGCGGCUUCAUUCAUGGCUGUUGUUGACGCCCACCUUGACCCGGCUACACAACAAGAGCUUGUUGUAUGGGGUGCGGGGGAAGAUAUCGUCGCCCGCUAUCGAGAGCGUCAAGGGCGAGGCAGGGUAUCGAAAACCUCCUGGCAGAAGGUGGAAGGCGGAAAGCUCGGCCUCAGCGGCGGUUAUGAUGACGUGAAGACCAUCAAGAUCGUUAAGCAUGGUAGUGGCCGAGCCAUCGUUGCGGGACGGCAUAACGGUGUAUUGUCUCUCCUGUCCGCCGAGCCAGAUCGUUUCGGCGAGCAUAUUGCCCAGUUCGGUUCUGUUACUGACUCGGGAAUCAACGCCCGCCAACUCUCGGAACCGGGCACAAUCAACGCUCUAGAUGUCGUCGACAGCAGCAAGGGCCCGCUCGUCGCUGCCGCUUCCAAGACCGAUUUGAGCAUUUACCGCCUACCGGAGGAUGAUUCCGUGGAAAUAGCCCCUUCGACGACCUACGACCUGAACGAGCGCCAUUUGAUGCCCGAUUCCGCGAGGCUAGGCGGCGCAAGAUGGAUGGGAGAUGGCGGGUCAAUAGCGCUAGCUCUGGUCGGCUGCAAAGACCCUCUUCGUUAUCUCACCCUCACGCCCACCGGAUGGUCCCAUCACGCAGUCGGGAAGAACGAAAAAAUGGAGGCGGAAUUCAAUAUCGAGAGUGACAGGACUAUCUCCCCAAAUUCUCUCGAGCCAGUCUACCUACAUUCAGGGGCCAAAUGGGGAACAAGUCUGCUCCUCAGUUCAUGGAAGGACGGCACGAUAAGACUCCAAGACCUUCGCACAUCCUCUCCUUUCGACGCCGUCUACCAGGACAACGUGGAUCCGUGGUCCGUUGCCGAAUCCCUUAUGGCCUACGGCACAGAGCGAUUCGUAGCAGGCGGUGGAGAUGGGCUCACUAUCCAGGUGUUUGACUUCCGGUGGACAAAAGGCUACUACCACACCUCCGGCCUCUCAUGCCUUGGUAGUGUCCCCUUCCCGCGGCCUCACCAGCCCUUCAUGAAGCCGGUUAGUACCGAAGCGAAUGGCAGGACGCGCUGCGACCACCUCAUGGGCCUACCCUGCCGCUGGCAUGAGCUCUCAAAAAGUCUCUACUACCGGCCAAACGCCAAGUACUUCCUCUCCAACUCACUUCGACACUUCAAAUUAUGCAGCGUGUGGUCCCUUGCCCGGCCCUCGGAUGUCUCGCCCAACUUCUACGUCGGCAUCUCGGGAGGGGUUGUCGAAGUGAAUCUGGAACAAACUCCCGACACCUUCCCCCCAGAGACCGACACAGUUGACCCCAACUUCGGAACCGGCGACUGGAGAGCGGCGGCGCCUGCCGCGAGUAACUAUAAGAGCCAACCGCUCGUGCCUGCCUUGAUGGAAACGGGAGAUGGGUAUUCUUACUCGGGAAACGAUCGGUCCAUCUUGCUACCGGGCUUGGUCCGCUAUCAAGGACCGGCGGAGUGGAUGGCGACCCGGGGCCCGCUGGCGAAGCAUCAUCGACUUGACAACGGGUACCAGCAGGCAUCGGACUUUGGAGCCGACGCGAAUCAGAUGUUUAAAGAGUUUGCGGAUCCAAGGUUCUCCAUUCGGGGGGUGGUUCAAUUAGAAGAAUAGAAUGAGCAGGGAAUUCUGGCUGGGCUUGCCCAAACGUCAACCUUUGUGCGCCCGCUGUGGUAGAAAUUGUGUCCUCUGUCUCAUGUUGUUGCGCCUGAUCUCUCAGUUGUUGUACAAUGCAUUUGUCGUAGAUUCCAACCCGUUCACCUUGGAAGGCUAUGUUAAGUCUCUCAGCUUGAGGUUUCUCAGCUUCCCUCGG